UGACUGUGCGGGUGACUGUGCGGGUGCAUUUGAAUGGUCGAGCGAUGAAAAGAACUCACUUUGCACAUCCUUUACAAGAGCCCCGCGAGGUGUGAACAGAGAGUCGGUGUCUGACAAGGUGAUUCAUUAACACAUGUCAGGAGCGCAAUAUACACAGACUUGCUACUUAUAGCGCCGGGCAGCAGCAGCAGCGAUCACUCACCUACAGGCGCAGAGCGAGGCAACUCCAUGAUCUGACCCGGACUGUCCGGACACCACUUGUACAACUGACUUCUUUUUUUGGGAUUUGAGAUUCCUGGGAAUUCUGCACAUGGCUCCGGUGGGCAACGUGGGCACUUUCCUCGGUGGGUUUGAUGCCCUGGGGCAGGUGGGCUCGCAAUUCUUACUGCCGCCGGCCAAACACAGCCCCCUGCUCUUCAACGACCCCCUGGCUCAGUCUGAGCGACUCUCCCGCAGCGCCUCCUCCUCCUCCGACCUCUCCCAUCUCCAGGGGAUCUUGCGCCGCCGGCAGCUCUACUGUAGGACCGGAUUCCACCUGCAGAUACUGCCGGACGGGAACGUGCAGGGCACCCGCCAGGAUCACAGCCGAUUCGGUAUCCUAGAAUUCAUCAGUGUCUCUAUUGGCCUGGUCAGCAUUCGAGGGGUGGACACUGGCCUUUACCUCGGGAUGAAUGAUAAAGGAGACCUGUUCGGAUCUGAAAAACUGACUUCAGAGUGCAUUUUUCGGGAACAUUUUGAGGAGAACUGGUACAAUACCUAUUCAUCAAAUUUAUAUAAACAUGGAGACUCUGGGCGGCGAUACUUUGUAGCACUUAACAAAGAUGGGACCCCUAGAGAUGGCACCAGAGCUAAACGACAUCAGAAGUUCACACAUUUUUUGCCCAGACCUGUAGAUCCUGCAAAAGUUCCAGAAUUCUAUAAAGAUAUCAUGGGAUACAGCUGAAGCAGCACCUGGCCUCUAGAGGGAUGUACAAGAAACCUGGGCUUUUCAUGAAGAAAGGAGAGAAAUAGUGCCUUCAAAGAGUCACAGACUUCUCAGAAGACCACAAAAAAGGUGUUUGCAGAAUAAUCCUGGUAACAGCAAUUGCAGUGGAUGAAGAAGCUCCAGCUGGUGGAGAAAGGAGCAAGAAGACUGAUCAUAUUGAGGCUCUCAUGUGUAGCCUAAGAGUCCAUCUGAGAUAUCAGUUUUAGAACUUUAUCUAAGGAUAAAAAGAGCUUCGGCCAAAGACAGACCAAACCUAGUGCUGGGGCAACAUGUCACUUACGCUCAUUUGCAAGGUUGUCUGAGAAUUCCAACACGUCGACUGAAAGAACAUUCUUUAUAUUGUCAUAAAAAAUAAUAUUGCAGUUUGGAACCUGUGGACUUAAUAAUCAUAUUUAUUUUUUAUACUUAUUUAUUUAAAAAAAACCUAUAUUUUUUAUGUUUAUGUCACUAGAAAAUGUGAGUAGAUGUUCUGUGAUGGUGAGAAGACAUCUGCCAAUGUUGAACCCCACUCCUAAUUUUAACCUCGAAAUUUCAGUGUCGAUAUCUGCCAUGGAAAACAAUGACGUAGGAGGUUUAAUGAGAAUAUCUUUUUGUCCCACCGGUGUUAUUGAUGUGUAUGGAUGCCUUAAAGUCUUGUACCGAUCUGACUGCCCAUUUAGCAGGAAAUUAAACAAAACACAAGAUGAAAUUAAA